CACACUGACCAUGUAUGUAUGUAUCUAUCUAUCUAUCUAUGUAUCUAUCUAUCUAAAUAAAUAAGUACACGGCUAGCUACUCCGCCCUCCUCGAGUAUCGAUCGUGUAAAAAACUAGAUCCAUCUCUUCUCGAGUACGUCGAAUUAACUUGAAGAUUUCUUCUAAUAAGCUAGCUCGAUCGCUGUUUGCCCUGGCCUGUUGACGAACAUGAGAGCGCCCGCUGUUGCAGCUCUCCUGCUCCAGAAAUUACUUCUACUUGCAUGGAUGAACCCCGGGAUGUUCAUUAUCGCCGCAGGCCCCAACGAUGGGACGUGGUAUGAUUAUUCAGCUUAUACGGAGUGCAGAUCCCAACCUGAGCCCCCUCUGUACAAGGGAGGGAUUCUGAAGAAUGGAAAGGGGGACGGUCCAACCGCAUACCAUAAAACGGAGACAGGAGUCUACUCACCAGCGUUUGUGCUGUACAAUCUCAACCAGACAACAAGAUACAGCUUCUCAUGUUGGGUGAGAAUUGAUGGAGCUGAUUCUGCUAUAAUCAAUGCAAGACUAACCCCGGACAAUUCAGGAACCAGAUGCCUAGGGACGGUAUCAGCCAAAAGUGGGUGCUGGUCCUUCCUUAAGGGUGGAUUCGUGCUGGAUUCAUCCUCUCAAUCCUCUGUGCUCUUUUUUCAGAAUGCUGACAGGAAUGCUAUGAGGAUCUCUAUUACAAGCGCUUCAUUGCAGCCAUUCUCAGUCGAGCAAUGGGGAAUGCACCAGCAGCAAAUUGUCAGAACGAAGAGGAAGCGAGCUGUGACUAUACACGUUGCGGAUUCACAAGGUAACCGACUUACUGGAGCGUCAGUUUUGGUGCAGCAAAUUUCAAAGGACUUCCCGUUUGGCUCUGCAAUAGCUAAUACCAUCUUAGGAAACUCAGUCUAUCAGGCGUGGUUUGUCGAGAGGUUUAAUGCUGCAGUCUUUGAAAAUGAGCUCAAGUGGUAUGCAACCGAGCCUGUGGCCGGGAUGCUCAACUACGACUUGGCGGACAAGAUGCUUGAUUUUGUCAGAGCCAAUCACAUCACGGUACGUGGCCACAACAUCUUCUGGGAGAACCAAGAGGCGACCCCUUCUUGGGUGAGGAACCUCACCGGCGAUGACCUUCGAUCGGCAGUGAAGUCUCGCAUCGAGAGCUUGAUGACUAGGUACAAGGGCGAAUUUGCACACUGGGAUGUGAACAAUGAGAUGCUUCACUUCAACUUCUAUGAGCAGCGCCUCGGGCCCAAUGCAUCCUUAGAUUUCUUCAACACAGCUCAACUAGCCGAUCCCCUUGCCACUUUGUUCAUGAACGAAUUCAACGUUAUAGAGACUUGUGAGGAUAUCUUCUCUUCAGUUGAUUCGUAUGUGUCACGACUAAAGGACCUUAAAGCGGGAGGAGCCCUACUCGAAGGGAUCGGACUAGAGGGACACUUCAGCAAACCGAACAUUCCAUUGAUGAGAGCUACUCUAGACAAGUUGGCAACCCUUGGACUUCCAAUUUGGUUCACCGAGGUCGACAUAAAUAAUCACUACGAUCAACAAACUCAGGCUCUAUAUUUGGACGAGGUUUUGAGAGAAGCAUUCUCCCAUCCUUCUGUGAACGGGAUUAUGUUGUGGACUGCAUUGCACCGAAACGGCUGCUACCAAAUGUGCCUUACGGAUUGGAAUCUGCAGAAUCUCCCCGCCGGAGAUGCCGUUGACAAGCUCUUGAGUGAAUGGGAGACGAAGCAGGUGGGAGGAAUGACGGAUGAGCAUGGCUCCUUUAGCUUUGCUGGAUUCUUGGGGGAGUAUAGUGUUCAUGUGACUUACGGGAAUAGAUCAACUGAGGCUACAUUGUCAUUACCGCAAGGAGAUGAAACAAGGCAUUUGAAUGUUCAGGUUUGAGUUUGAUUUUCUUAAUGCCUACUAUAUAUAGGGGAGGGGGUCUAUGAGAGUGAAAAUAGCUUCACUCUUUGGGAUGUUAGUUUCUCACAUAUAUACAACAUAACAAUUUGGCUAAUCUCUUUGGGAUGAAGAACAACUCUUUCGUACGACAUAGUAGGAAACUAAUUUAUAUGUAAAUAAGUAGAGAUGAUAAACAAUUUUAUAUUAUUGCAGCAAAAUAGUUUACCGUGUAAGCUUUCUAUGCAUUACAACUGCAUCAUCUCUGCAAGUAAUGGCAGGAAUGAAUCUCCAAUUUAUUACAAUGUCAUGCCCGGGCCCAUUU